CUUAACGCAGGUCUCAUCGUCACAACAGCAUUGAUGAUAUGGAAAGGAUUAGUUUUGUUCACAGGCAGUGAAUCUCCGGUGGUUGUUGUAUUGAGUGGGAGCAUGGAGCCAGCUUUCUACCGCGGGGACAUCCUGUUCCUGAACAUGGGCCGGAAGCCAUUCAGAGCUGGGGAGGUGGUGGUGUUUAACAUCAAUGGUCGAGAUAUCCCCAUUGUGCAUCGCAUCAUCAAAGUGCACGAAAAGGAGGCUGGGACAAAAACUAACGAGGAUGUCCUCAUCCUCACAAAGGGUGACAAUAACUGGGGGGAUGACAGGGCCCUUUACAACCCGGGGCAGAAGUGGCUAAAUAGAGACCAUCUCAUGGGCCGGGUAGUAGGGUUCUUGCCAUACAUUGGUCAGGCGACCAUCAUCAUGAAUGACUACCCGUAUGUCAAGUACUUGUUGAUCGGCAUCCUGGGGAUUUUUGUCAUCACCAGCAAAGAGUGA